GGGCUUAUGAAUAUUGUAAUCGAGCCGAGGAGUCGCCUCAGCCUCACAGUCGCCUGGGCGUGUCGGAAUGGCCGAGACCUCGGAGCCUGGCGGGGCUCGAGCCCCUCCGGUCGCCGCCGCCGCCCCCGGCCGGCCCAAAUUGACCCACCCAGGCAAGGCGAUCCUGGCAGGCGGCAUUGCGGGGGGCAUCGAGAUCUGCAUCACCUUCCCCACCGAGUAUGUCAAGACGCAGCUGCAGCUGGAUGAGAGGGCCAACCCACCGCGCUACAGGAGCAUUGGGCACUGUGUGAGACUGACUGUCCAGGACCAUGGCUUCCGGGGGCUGUAUAGGGGCCUCAGCUCCCUGCUGUACGGCUCCAUCCCGAAAUCUGCUGUCAGGUUUGGGGUCUUUGAGGUCCUCAGCAAUUCUGCCAAGGACCCUCAAGGGAAGCUGGACAGCAAGAAGAGUUUGCUGUGUGGCCUUGGGGCUGGCGUGGCGGAGGCCGUGGUGGUCGUCUGUCCCAUGGAGACCAUCAAGGUGAAGUUCAUUCACGAUCAAGGGUCCCUGACACCCAGGUACAGAGGCUUUUUCCACGGAGUUCGGGAAAUUGUACGGGAACAAGGCCUGCGUGGGACCUACCAGGGCCUCACAGCCACCAUCCUCAAGCAAGGCUCCAACCAGGCCAUCCGCUUCUUCGUCAUGACCUCCUUCCGCAACUGGUAUCUAGGGGACGACCCCCACAGGGAGAUGAACCCGUUUGUCACGGCUGCGUUUGGGGCCACUGCGGGAGCAGCCAGCGUCUUUGGCAACACCCCCCUGGAUGUCAUCAAGACCAGGAUGCAGGGACUGGAAGCAUACAAGUACCGAAACACCCUGGAUUGUGCCUACCAGAUCCUGAAAAACGAGGGCCCUUUGGCGUUCUACAAAGGGACGGUCCCCCGCCUCGGCCGGGUCUGUCUGGAUGUGGCCAUCGUUUUUGUCAUUUACGAGGAGGUGGUGAAACUUCUCAACAAGGUCUGGAAAACCAUGUGAGGCUCUUCUGGUGCAGGAGGGGCUGGCGGACGAAUCCCCGUCCCACCCACAGCUCCAGUUUCUCUCCCUUCCCUCCCAACCCAGGAGGGGGGAGCCUUGUAAGGUCAGAGGUUCCCCUCUUCCAGGCUAGCCCCCCAGCAAAAGGGUCACCUUGCUCUUAUUAACCUUGCCCACCCCCUCAUUCUCUGGGAACACUGAGCGGUACUCCAAAAUGCUUCCAGCUCAAGCGCCACAUGGCUUUCGUAUACCUAUAUAUGGUCAGGAGCGCAUACUCUUCCUGCUACCAAUUCCAGGGGUGGGGAGAGGUGCUGUCCCCUCCAAGUCAGCUGUUGUCAGUGUGUUUCGGGAGCAGAUGCAUUACAGGAGAGAGGCUUUGCAUUCCAAGCUCAAGCCAGGCACAGCAGCCCCCUCCCCUCCUUUAGAGAAGACAGAGUCCGC